AUGGUUAAACAAAGGAACUCGAAAAAUGGUUUUAUGUUUAAACUUAAAUCUAUUCUCCUUAAUAAUAAAUAUAGUGAAAUUUUACAAAUCAACCUUGAUAAAAAUGGUUUCAUUAUUCAUGAUUUGGAUAAAUUCAAGAAUCAAGUCUUAAAAGAAAACUAUCGACACACUAAUUUCAAUAGUUUCAGAAGAUCCUUAAAUUUGUAUGGGUUUUCUUCAAAAAAAUACAAAAAAAGGAAAAUAUUGUAUAUGAACCCUAAUUUCAACAUAAAUGCAGAAGAACUCCUAAGAAUUCAAAUAAGACCAGCUGAAAUAUAGGAUUUCAAGAGCGAACUAAUUAGGGACUACAAUACAUUAUACGAUAUUCGGGAAAGUUAAAAAAAAAUCAUGCAAUAAGUUUAACAGCUAAUUGAGGCUUAAAAUAUAUUGCACUAAAAAAUUCAGAGAUAAUAUUUGGCUUAUUUAAAAGAGAGAAUAUUUUAAAGAAUCCGAUUUAGGAAAUUAGAACGAUUUUGUUUUUCCUUCUAUUUUAAUAUACAAGAUUAAAAGUACAAAAAAAUUAUAGAAAGAAGUCUGGUUAUAGUUGCAAAAACACUUUCACAAUCAUCUGAAAGUUAGAUGAUUUUAGAUACUUAUAAUUUGAAUUAAUAACAAGAAACAUAUUAAUAGCAGUUUAGUAUGUAUUUGGAUAGAAAUCUUCUAUCUAAUGGAAACAGUAAAGCAUUAUCAAACAGUCCAGGAGAAUUUGACUUGAAUUAAAGUUUUAGUGCUUUGAGUAACUACUUCGAGUUUUGA